UUGUCUUUGGGGAUUUACCAAGAAUAUAAAGUGGAAACUCGUAUCAAUCACAGAGUUCUGCAUUUAAUUUUCCUUCUUAUCAUGCGUAAUUGGGAAUGACUGAUGAAUAAUUAGAUGAAGCGAUGUGAGAGGGCGGGUCUUUACGAGCAAAGAGGUAGAUGGAUUACGCUCGAUGUGUAAGCAGAUAAGGUGUCAGUCGGUCAUUGAAUCAUUAUUCAGUCGAUGGGACAUUUAUUUAGUCAGCUGACCAUAAAUCUGUCAGUAAAAGGAGGUCUGAAAAUUCCGCCAGUCAGUCGUGGUUAGACCAUCAAAAAGUCGACUAACCACCACGUGACAGUCUCUCGACCAUUUAUUCGAUGCGUCGAUCUGUCUAUCUGCAUGCUGGUAGGAACAUUCAGUCAAUCAUGGUCGGUCACAUAUUAAGUUUGUGAACCCGUUUGUCGGGCAAGAGCAUAUAAACUGAAAGGAAGUCGACCAGUCGGUCUGCCCCACUUUUUGUCCAAAAUUUACAUGUACUAUAUUUUCUAUCGAAAGAAAAAGAGAAAGCUAUAUCACCCACGAUGAUGAUGGACACUUCCAGUCAAUAGCCGUAUUUCAAAUAAGUACGAAAUUAAAUAAAUGAUUAUUCAGGAAAGUUGCAGGAAUUUCAGAACAAGUUUACAGCUUAACAUCCCAUUAUACUUAUAUACAAAACAGUCUUCCAGAGAGACGUCUAGUCUAGGUAAAGUGGGUAAUUAAAAAACGUUCCGAAUCCGUACACUGAUGAGUUUCCGUUGCGUACACUGUUCGACAUAAGAUCGAUGCCCUCCCUAGAGGAGUAGAUCAGAACAGAACACCGGAUGAAGUAGAAAAACAGACUGAUGCGGAAGCCCGAGCUUUCCGAACUGUCGAAGUUGUCUGCUAAAAAACAUCACGUUACCGGACAGGUGAGUUGAAGCCCGCCAAGCGUGUUUUUGUUGACUGCGAGCAACAAAGGUUGUUCAUAUACUGUACAUGUACAUGUACACUCCUGUCGUGGUGAAUCCGGGGUCAAAGGGAGAUAUUAAGAGUAAGCUGAUUAGCAUAUUGAGCGGCAAACCAAUGAGAGCCGCGCUGACGUAUGGUUUAUUUACAGCGCUGCACCCCGCCCACCACACAGACACGAGGCUGGCGACGUCACGCAAACACGUUUCGUAGGAAGGGAUCGUUUCUUUGUGCCUCUUUGUAACAAUAGAAACGGCGGGAGACACACACCGCGCACACCUCCCGAUGAACCAUCAACAUAACCCUUUCGGGCAGCAAACCAUGAGGAAAGACCCCUUAAAUCGGCUUCACCACGAUCAUCAUUUCGACGGAGAUUUCCCCAGCGAUCGGUACUGAGCUGUACAGGCUGUGACGGCGUGACCAGCACAGAGAGCACAAUUUUUAUUUCCAACUACGCCACAGCUCCGUCUCCAGCUGAUUUGACAGCUGGCUGAACUGAACUCCGCACAAGUCCAAUAUACACAAUGGAUCCCGGUGCAUGUACUUCUUUCCUGCCCAACCACCAGACAAAUUUGGACUAUAGCCCGGUGGACAUGGAUGUUACUUCUGCUGCCGAAUGUCUCUUGGCCAUUGCCAAGUCCAGACCGCCAUGGAAACCGCCUGUGAUCGCCUCUACACCACGGCCUGCCGAAAUGGGGUACGCCACGCCGCCCUAUGAUCGUGCCAUGACGAAUGAGGACUCUGAGCUGGCCGCGCUGCCCAAUCCUUUGUUCAUGGUUGCUCGGAUCCUGGCCGACUUGGAGACGUAUAAGAACAGAGAACUUGCCCCCUCCCCCACCAGUGACUGUUCAAGCUCCCUGGAGUUCAGCCAGGACCCUUUUACCGACAUCCCCCCGACCGGGGCCAGGCUGAAGGGGAACAAAACGACGAAGCGCCGGGCUAGGAAGACUAGCACGUGCGACGAGAACGCCAAGGUGGGACAAAGGAACAAGCGGGCUGCUAAGAAAAGAUCGUCAGAUCACCUUGGGCCGGAUGGCCAGCCCAUCAAGAAGCACAAGUGUCACUACAUGGGCUGCGACAAGAUGUACGGCAAAUCAUCACAUCUGAAGGCACAUCUCAGAACACAUACAGGUGAGCGACCUUUCCCCUGCACCUGGCAGGAAUGCAGUAAGCGUUUUGCACGCUCCGAUGAACUGGCCCGUCACUACCGGACUCACACCGGGGAGAAGCGGUUCUGCUGCCCGCUGUGCGAGAAGCGCUUCAUGCGCAGCGACCACCUGAUGAAACACGCCCGUCGCCACGCAAACUUCCACCCAAGUCUGCUCAAGCGCCCGCGCAGUGUGGCCGACUCGCUCAGCGAUCGCUCGGCCAACUCCAGUCCCGUCAAUUCGCCGUAGUGGGCUUGGCGGUGCCGCUCGUGCCCGCCUCGGGGGAGAAAUUUACGAAGCAGUUAAGCACAGUUUAACUUUACUUUAAAAACAAGAACAUCACUUGCCUUGGCUUCGCAGAGGAAAAGGAAAAAAGAGCUUACAAAAUUUGUUUCUUGCUAAGCUGUUUUGCCAUGUUCCAAAUUAUUUCAUAUGAGUUUUUGCUUAGGGCAUACAUGUGCAUUGUAGAGUAAAAUGGUGUUUAGCAGUUCCAUGAUAUUCCACCUUAGGCUCGACCGACAGUGCUAGUAUUGGUCGAUCGGCUGUCACAAGAUUGUGUGACAAUAAUGAAAAUUGUUGGUUACCAGUGUGAAUCGGGCCCAUUAUAAGCAUUCAUGAAAAUGCACGGUUUUUAUUUUACAUGGAGACAAGAUACAUGGAGACAAUUCUUUGGCGACCUCACCUUGAAGUCUCGACAUUUGAACGAGGGCGUCUUUAAAAUUAGCCUGCACCCAACGCUCUCGGUUCGAGUGUGAUUAGGAACUAGUCAUCCAUAGCAUGGAAGCUUCAAUACUUAACUCAAGGAGUUUGAAAAUAAGGGUUUUUAUAAAUGUUAGUUUCCAUUUCUUUUAUGCUGCACUUCAAGUUUGGUUUUGGCUCAGAUGCCUAAUACGUAUUCAGCGAUUUAUUGUUGAUAGAAACAGUUGCCAGGCAAAUACAUGGUUAGUAGAUAAAAAAUACACGUAGCGCUCAGGGACCAACCAAGUCUGUGAAAUCAACACACGGUGGAACGCAGUAAUUGGCAUUCAUGCAACCUGUUACUUUAUGAACUUUAUAGUUUGAGUCCUUUUUCACGAACUACGAAAUUGCCUUCGUUAUUAACUCACAUAAAAUUUGUGAUGAAUUUUGAACUUAAUCUAGAGUUAACCAUUCCCAUUUUUUUCCCAAACCUCGUUGCUGAAAAGGCCACAUUUAAUUUUUUAGUAAUCAUUUCAUGCGUGAAAUUGUCCUUUCAUGUAUGAAAUCGUGUAUAAAGUGACGUGACCAAAACUGGCGAGUUUUAAACUCUAGUGUUUAUCUUCAAGUGUAAGUGUGUCGUGUUAAUUUCCAAUCUCCUUUACUUAAAAGUUAAUUCAGUUCUUUAAGGUCGACCGGUAAAGUUUGACUCUUUCUGCAUUUGUUGCUAUUAUUGUGUAACUUAUUGUGUUGUGUUCACAUGUAUUCGUUCUUUUAAUUUAUGGCGUGUGUUUGCGGGUGUGUCGGUCAGGCUGAAUUUGAAAAAAAAUAUAACCCAUUGUGAAAGCAAAAAAUGUUUGGAGUGUUUUUCGUAUUUAAGAGUAUUUAAAUUUUAACAUGUAAUUUUGUUCCAACGAGUCUGAUUAACUCAGCAUCCUUGAUUCCAUACGUGUAAAUAUUAGCAAGCUAGAGGUGUUUUUAAUGGUAUUUACGGAAAAGAGAUCGGCGUCGAUUUUGCGAGUGUCUUCUGCUAACUAGAGCAGUUCCGAGUUGUCACGUCAAUCACUGACCAAAGGAAUGACAAUAUCAACUUUUUGACAUGUCUACACUAACAAGUGCACUUCUAGAUUUUUUGCUAGGUUUUUUUUUGGUGUAAAUAGUGCUGUAAUAUUUGAACCAUAUAUACCCUAUAUUUUUUAGAGUGGAUUUAAGUAAUUUUGGCGUUAGAGAUUAGUAACUUUGUAAAAUGUUCGUUAUGUCUGACAAACGGCAGACUGGUUUUCUGCCUUAUUCUGAAUUAUUAACGCAUUUGAGGUAGAAAAUACAGUGUUGGGGUAUUGUACUUCGGGUACCAACGAAGUACUCACUGCCCUGUCCAAGGCAGUGAUGGAGGUUGUUUAUAUAUUGUGGAGAGAACGUACAGCAUUGUGGGUAGCUUAACGUCAUCAACGAUUGGCUGAAAUUAUACAUUUCGAGUUAAACCAUAUCUUCCAGUGGAAAAUCUACAAAAUUAGCCUUCUGUCGCUUUCUUGGAGAGAGCCUUGGGCAGCGGUGAGAGCCUAGCGGGAACCAAAGCCAUAUUCGGUUUUUCUCGAAGAUUUCUUCCUGCUGAAUGUUCUACGCUUCGGGAUGUUGAAGAUUUUAAUGAAAAUGUCAAAUCUGCAAUAACUGCUCGGUAUCGUCUACUCAGAAUGCAAACUGGAGACGAAAAAACGCUAACAGUUUGAAAAUACGUUUUCCUCCUUGAAAUUUGCAGUGGUUUGGAUACUGGGGUAGUUUUUGUAAAGAGCAGAAUAGGAUGAAAAUUUCAGUUUUUUCAAACUCGAGUACCAAACCAACUGCGCACAAUUUUCGCGUGAUUUCUUUCGGUUGGCAAUCCAACGACAUAUUUCAAAAUGAUUCAGGUAUGUUUAAAAUAUGCAGGAAUGAAUAUUGCAGUUUCUCUUUUUCGUUUUUGAAAACAAAGAAAACAGGAUUGAUAGACAAUUUUUUUCUCAGAACUGUAACUUAUUUAUCUCUUCCUCGUAGAUUAAAUUAAAUAUAUAUUUAUUAAACAUUUGUAGAUAAAAGUUUCUGUAGAUACAUAUUAAUCUGUGAUGUUUGUUUAUAAACCUGUAUUUUUAAUUAAUUAUAUUUUGAACAAAAAUCAAAAGAACCGGACUAUUUUUGUGAAGGAAUUUUUACUUGGAUGGUGCACACUUGACAAAGUGCCAAUAAUGUGAUUGGUGGACGAGUUGGUACGUCAGAGAAGGAACAACAAAUCAGAAUAAUGCAACGAAAUAAAAAGAUAAAAAGUAUAACAAAAUACGAAUGCA